GCCAUUGCGCGUUUGUCUCGGCACGUCUUCCGCUUUUGUUUUGUCCCGUUGUCCUGUCGACUGCGCCAGCCCCAGGAUCGCGCGUUGCUAUUUCCAUCGCCUCUCUCGACGAGCAGUGCGGAGAAGCGGCCCCCGCGGUAUGCUCGCAUCGGGGCUGCGGCGCCUGAAGCCGGCGUGCGGAUGAGUGUCACCGGCUGAGUUCAGUGGUGUGGCAAGUGCGCCGGCGAAUUUGGAAAGUGUGCACUAUUUGGUCUGCGCUGGAUCUGUGUGUUUCGCGGCAGAGAUACCGGUGUGCUUUCGACAACGUCUCCGCUGGCCGGUGACGAACGAUGCAGCGGUCUUCGCGGACAUGGGCUUGCGUGCUUCGAGCACCGUGAAUGCGGCCGCUCUUCCGAGUGCGCGCCAUGGCCGAUCCUGGGAUCAGUCUAGAAGAAAGCAACCGUGGGUGCCUGCAGCGCUGCUCAGCGGUUUCCCGGGGCCCGGUUUCUUUGCCGUCGGUGCGGAAUCGACCCCCUGCUAGAGGCGACAGCGGCACCAUCACCGCCUGCUCUUCGGUGUCCGAGCCGGAGCCGUCCGCACGGCACUCGUGAAGCGCUUGUGGGCAAGCGCCGGGCCUCCGCCGCCCAACGGUGGCGAAAAGAGGCGGCCGGAGCCCGACCGGCCCCUGCUGCUUCAGCUGCCGGGCGCCACGGAGCCCUGCGCUGCCUUGGCCCCAAUGUUCCUGCACACAGCGAUGAGGUACUACAGGCUAUGGAUCUACACGUGCAACGUGGCACUUCUGCUGAGUGCGCUGGCGUUCUCAGUGGCGGCCGCCUGGGUGCUGUCCGACUACCGAGCUUCGCUGGUGCCAGGCCUGCGGCUGGCCGACCCGACCUUCGUGUACGCUGUGCCUGCGCUGCUCCUACAAGGUGGCCUACUACAGGCCCUGGGUUGCCUUGGCGCCCUGCGUAUGAACCAGCGGCUGCUGCACGCGUAUUGGGCCCUGCUAUUCGCCCUGCUGCUGGGAGACGCGCUGGCGGGUCUCGCCUGGCUAUUCCGUUACCGGGCACUUGUCGCAGGACUCAGGGCCGGUCUCAUGGACGAGUUCCAGGAUGGCUACGGCCUUCGUCCGGGCUACCGACUGCUCUGGGACCGGCUGCAGGCCGAGCAGCACUGCUGCGGCGUCGAUGGACCCGAGGACUACAACGCCACCGCUUGGCUGCGCGAACAGCGCAUGGCCCACCCGUGGAUGAGGCACCAAGUGCCUGCCUCCUGCUGCCCGGCGGCGCGGGCCCAGGCCACGUGCCUGGACCGUGCCACGGGAGCGUACCGCGCGCCGUGUCACGAGGCGCUCCUCAGGUGGCUGCAGCGAAGCGCCGACCUGCUCUGCGUGCUCGGCUUCUGCGUGAUGGCCUUUCUGAAGCUGUGCUUCCUGGGCAUCUUGCGGUACGAGAUCCGCGAGAUGAUCCAGAAGAUACGCAUCCUGAGCAGCGACCCAUCCGGGUGUGCCGAGGGCCCCGUCGAUUCCUCGCGCGGCUCCUUCGGCAGCCACAAGGGAGGAGGAGGUGGAGGAGGAGGGGAUUCGGCGCUGCUGCUCGAAAAGCGGACGAAGCCGUCGAACGGGAACAACAACGACGCGCCCUACGACGAGUGCCACCACAAGUCCAGUCCCGUGUGAUGCGGUAGCACUGCCCCCGCGGGAGAAGGCACUCUGAAAUUCAGAACUUCGUUACGGGUGUGUUCACGGUGACCGCCAUGCGUUUGUGGAACAAGACAGAUUGCGCGAUCCAUUCGCAACGGCUCGCCGUAUCCCUCUCGUCCCGAGGCGCCACCGCUCUGGUUAUCGUGAUGCUGCCACUGAACCUUGCGCCGAAGAAGUUUCAUUGCCUAGUAUGCUCAGGUAGCAGCGCCACGACUCAAGAUUUCCGGGGCCUGUGUACAUAAGCAGAGAUCACAUUCUACCGGUGAAAAGAGGUGGUCGAUAGUAUACUGGAAUGUCCAAUCCGUCUAAGCUGCAUGGUCGUGACAAGGCUCAUGAAAUCGACGUCAUGGUCAGUGUAGCACUGUGAUAAGGUGAUAACACGAUGAAAUUUCUAAAUGACAGAGAAAAACGGAGAUAUAUGAUGGUUCACAUCGCUAAAUAUGGUUCACGUCCAUGCAACCUACGCCUGAAAACGAAAAAAAAAAAUGAUGUGGUUGUAGUGUGCCUUUGGACGGCUCCCUAAUUUCGGAAACCACAUAUAGACAAAGCACGAGUACUGUCUCACAAGAAACGGGCGAUAACAAAUGUGAACCUGAAAUGGAAGACCGCGCGUGCGUUUACACAGAACGGUACUAUUCAGAAGAAAUUAAGUAGAAAAUCGAGCUUCUUUCAGGAGAAGAAAAAUCGACCAGAAUGUAUUGCUACCCUUGCACGUUGACAGGCUCUUUUGAGUCUGAGAAAAGAAGCGUUUGGAAGGCCGCAUUGAGAAGAUCAGACAAAGACACUGCCGGCUCCGUUUCCUGACGCUCUAUCCUAGACGACCUCUGUGGUGUCGUGGCGUCGUAAACGAAUUCGGCGCAGGCCUUCUCCCGCGUAGGCUGGGCUCCGGCAGUGCACUCCUCGACACAUGGGACGUGUUGUGCAGCAGUUGACUUUUGUUGUGGUGCGUGCACUCUUGGUGGUUGAUACUGUGAACUAAAAUGGACCUGGGUAGACAAGCACCGAGUGUUUGUUACGUCAAUGCUGUGGCUCGUUUCUCUUUUCACAGUUGCGAUCUUCUGUGGACGAGGUACGCAUACACUGGCCUUACGAGUUUGACGGCGGAAAAAGCAAAGUAUUACUGAGGUUGUCGCGAAGAUUAAUAUUCUCUAACACGUGCUAUUCAAUGAAAAAGUGCGCUGUUUAGUUUUGAGAAUGACGAAGUUCAAAAAAACCAUUCUAUCCCCGACUUUGAAAUCGUAGAGGAAUCAUUAGUUCUUGUAGACAACAAUUUACCGUACCUAAUCAUCCCGCUGUGGUUUCUUUGCUCAAUGUUUCUAAGAAGUUGUAACAAAAGAUAAACGCAGGAUUCGUUCAACUUCCGGAAAUAUCAUUCACAACAGUGUUGGAUUAUCAAACACGUUUAAUUUCUGAUUCCCAUGCCAUUAUAGGGUUCAUUAGAGUUGAUAAAACUGCGGAAAUAGGAGAGUGGCGCUAUCACAGAUGACUAUUCAUUACAAAUGCCAGGCUCUAUAUCACCAUUCAAUGUUGGGAAGGAUUCGCGCCUUAUAAUUUAGGCACGGUGGUUACCAUAUUUAGACGACCACGUCAAACUGAUAUGAUUCCUGCGUUUACGUCAUUAAGGUGGGUUGGAUGACUUGUAGGCUUUGCUGUCUUGUUUGAUGCAGCGACAUUCCAUUCUAUAGCGUAGCACCGCAUAAUACCCCGAAGAAUACGUUGUAGGCAAAUUUCGCAUCUAAUCUCUAUCUAAAGGCACGCAUGAAGUUUACGAGGACACAGUGUUGUUCUUACACUGUUCAUCGUUAUGUUUAUGUUCUCGCCAGUGUCAAUGAGUCUAACCUACGCAUGAAAUAAAUAGGACAAUUGCUCCACAAAUAUUGGGGCCGCAAGAAAAUUUCGUGAAAAUGCACAUUCAGAAUGAGCGGAACACCUUUUGUAUGUGGUACUGGCAGUGCGAGUGAGCGUGCCGUAAAUGCAGCCAAAAGGCAGCAACCAGUGACGCGUUCCUCGCCGCUGAUGAGCGGGAUGCGCAACCAGGUUUCACAAUCUCCUACUGUAUUUUUCUUUUAUUUCCCUGCCAAACUUAUGCCACCUAAGCAAUAUUCACUUUCACUUAGUUUACGUUUCCCGUAUUAUAAACUAAACUAGUUAUGACACGGAGAUUAUAAAAAACCCAUAGAGUUAGCGUGGUCAAUUUAAGCACACAAAUAACGCUACCCAGAUGCGACAGGUUUGCGACGCGCGAUACGUUUCCGCCAGUUGCUGAACAAAUGUUCUAUGCGACGGCGAGGAGCAUUAGGAGAACGUUAACCUAAUCUUAUGGUAUUCAACAAGAAACUGCAACUCUCGAUUACUUCUGGCAAAAUGCAGAUGGCAUUGCUAGAUUUAUGCUACAGCGAAUUUUAUGUGAAUAGGUCACGUCGCUAAGUAAGUCGGUACAAAGAGGAAUAGUGUGCAUUGGAAGGACAAAAUGGCAAAGACAAUGUUGACUAAUCAAAUAGGCACUGAGCUUUAUCUACCGCUAGGGUGCAAUAAACGCUCGUCUGAAAAAACGAAGCUUCGCAGGAGAAGACAAAGCCCAUGGACGACAAACAGAGGACGGGCCCUCUACGCACAAAUGAGCGCAAAAUCAUCUAUAGAGCGAUCAUUCUUCACUGUAUUGUUCCCAUUGGCGCAGAAAUGCCUCAAAGCCAUUGGAAAACGCAAGCGCGUGUACAGUGGCAGUUGUAAAACUCCGAACACGGUAUGACAUACAAUGUCAGGUGGCGUACCAUGAAACCGUGGCAUGGUGGAAAACUUUCGCGUGUGGUCGCUGUCAUUGCCUACCAAGGUGUACAAACGAAGAAGUCAAGUCUCUGCUUUUUUUUCGUAAGCGUGCUUUGCGGCGCACCUUGAAAAAUAGCUUACAGAAGUAGGUCGAACGAGAAAAAAAAAAACACUCGUAGACUAAAAAAAAAACACUCAAAAGUGUAAGGUAAGUUAGAUAAGUGCAAAGUGCGUAUUGAGACAGCCCAGGAAAACGUCAUUAUAGUUCAUUUAUUUAUUUUUCUUGCGCUAACUACAGUAAGACGCCGCAGGAAUGAAACGGACACUGGAUAUGAAGCGCACACGAAGUGACACACGGGAGCGCAAACUACCAACUGCUUUAUUGUCAGCUCAUUAUACAGUAUUUAAAGUACACAGCGCCGCAUUGCGACUGCGUGAACUAUGAUUACAGCAGAAACACUCAGAUCACGUACACAUUUCUGGUUGUUAGGAUUCUAUCGGUGCAUUCUGUCUGUGCAUGCACUCCUGUGUGUCACUUCGUGUCCGCUUGAUAUCCAGUGUCCGUUUCAUCCCUGUGGCGUCUUACUGUACUUAGGGCAAGAAAAAAUGAGUGCACACCAACUAGCCCAAUUCAUAGCUCUUCUAAAUAUAACUUUAGUUCGUAGGAAUCUCAAAUGGAGAGAGAGGUUUAGGGAUGCAGUUGUAUCAACUCCACAUUAUUUCUUAUUUACAUAUCACACUAGCUUGACUCUUUUCGUUGGUCAAUCUGCCAGCUCUGAACUUGACUUGCUCGUUUGUGCCAAAAUCGCGCGACGUCAAAAAUGAGAACGCUCGUUUACUUCGCACGUCUGUCAGACAAACAUGGUUCAAUCGGGUCCAUUCGUAGUACUUUGACCCCGGAACUCUUGUGAGUAAGGAUUUAGCAGUAUUGGUGCAUAAGUGUGCACCACGCAUUCUUGUCAAAACGGGACAAAAGGGGGUUUAGAACAGUCAUGAGAAGCUCUGGAAGGCCUCCUACUUACGACGACAGAAAGAAUCACUUAGCUUGAACCGAGAAGCGACGACGCGGACUAGAGCAAAGACGUAAGCCGUACAAACGCUGCUUGGCAAUGAAUCAUUUGCAGCUAGCUCAAAGCUUUCAACCCGCUUAUAUGGUACAAUGUGGGAAAUAGAACAAUGGUGAAGCAAGUCUGUGUAGCCGGUCAGCAAGAAUUAUUGAAACUUGCAUGUGACCACUAAAACGCCGUAAAGAACCGCUUCGUAGCAAGAACUGUUGAGGACCUAUUCAUAUAGCAGUGACAACACAGGCAAGACAACAUCGUUUCCAAGAAUAUUAGUAAAAUUUAUCAACGCCUUUCCCACUUCAUUCACAAAGUCUGACUAAAUAUUGAAACCCUACGUCAAGAAUGUUCAGUCGACGUCGAGCGCUGCGGAAAAUCAAAGUAAGCGAGCCCUUGUAGGAGCCCCAUGUGCUUUGUGCCAAGAGGUGUGACUCGUUUCUCUGUGCCCGUGAACGGUGCUCGCUUUCAAAUUGCUACUCGCUUCCAGGGGAAUUUAGCUUCCACCUCACUCCAUUGACAGGCCUUCAAAAAGAAGCAAACACAGGCUCAACGUCGCCAAAUUCUCAGUGCUUCCCGUAAUGUCUCGAUUAUUAUUAUCCACUUGUGAGUGCUUAUUUACGCUUUACUUUCCCGGCAUCGCGGCACUGUUACCAUGAGCACGUCUCAUAUUCGCAGCUUUCUUGUCUUCACUGGGAAUACUCGCCACAAAUGAGUUAUAAAUGCACUGUACUGCGACUCAACAGUUUCACUACACCACUGACACAGAGAAGUAGUAGUGUCAGAAGUCUAUUGUUAUCACGGAUAACUCUUAAAAGAAAAAGCAGAGCUUGAGAAAGUAUUCUUGUCUAAAAAAAGUUUCAAAUGUGAUCUCGACACUGAGUGGAAAUGCCAGUCAUUACACAUUUGUCAUGCCGACAUGACGUUGCUCCAAAAAAUGGCUGUCCAGAGUUGUUUAGAAGACAUUUAUGAACCAAGCUAGAACUCACAUUCUAUGCCAACUGAAACAGUGCUUCGGCAACUACCUAGAUUGCUUAAGCGAGGUGCAGUCGGCACACACAAACACACACACACACACACGAUCACCCACACAAAACAAAAAUUAUUAUGUACCAUGAUGGAUUAAGUCCUAACCUAUAUAAAGACCGGACUCCCUACGCUCAGAAGUUUAAAUCACCGUCAACUCGAAUUCUUCACGUCACAAAGCUGUUGGUUGUGCCUAGAGUAGGCAUGGAGCACAAUGAAGGUUUAAGGAAUUUUAAAAUGAUUUGUGACCCCGCUAACUUUUGAAAUAGAAUUUGCUCUUAUCGCGGGGCAAUACAAUCAGGCAAAUUGUAAUACACUGAUCAUAAUUAGCAGCAAGAGAGCGGUUGUAGUCUCGCGCUUGUUUGCUGCUGAAAGUUAUAUUUGCAGUAUAAGCCAUGUAAGAAAUUCACGUAACAUAAGGAAUGGUCACGGCGCAAAUUACUGCCUUCGGAUGUGGCUGGUCAUAACAUCUGUUUUCACCUUAUAAAUGCAUUUCUCUUCCCUCUAAACUGUCGUGUGCGCAAGGUGGUUAUGCAUGAAAUAUUACAGCAAGCGUAAACAGACUCAUUUCUCUCUUCUGGAAAAAUAGUAGUUAGGUUCUCGAUUAUCACGUAGGUUUUGGAAAAAAAGGUACUCCAUCAGCAGAGAAGUAGAAUGCAUGAAAUGGGGAAGAUUGAAGGUGGAGACAUUAAAGUAAACACAAAAAAAAUCCAAGUGUAAAUGAGGUGCCAGCGUUUAGACAAGAGAAUUGGCCACAUGAAGGAAUGUUUUUGUCAAAACGUUGACACGUGACAGAAGCCUCCUCUGAUUCAGUUCAAAAGUUCAGUGCGGCUGAUGCGUCAAGUUGCGUCCUUUAAUAGCGCAUCAGAUUAAAUGUAGGUAAGAUAUUCGCGUAUGUACUUCCAAUAUCUGGCAGCCAUCACACGUAUUUGCGUUGGAACGAACCAUCAUGACCUACACCACAUAUUUAAGCGCCGAUCACCCAUGACAUUUUGACUGCCGUGGAGAGGACGUGACGGUUUCCCGAAAAAUAAAAUUUGGAGGCCCAGGAAAGCUUUGAGUAUUGGCGGUGUCUUCCAGGUGCGUGUGAAUAUGGCAAUUCUUCUGGAGAUGGGCAAUAUAAUUUCUAACUUCCACUUGCUGAAGUUGUGACAUUUAGCCCAAGGAUGAUAAAAAUCUUGGGUUUGGCGAUAACAUCAGAAGAAAUAACAUGCUGUUUAUUGUGUCAUUUCGCUCUCAGAAAUUGUAGCUUUGUGUCAGACAAUUGUAUCAGGGAAGAUUUUAAUCUUCAUUACACGUAUCUGGCAGCAAUGAAAGCUUAUAAUAGCCACGACUUCGCUAAAAAGGGUUUUGAAGCUUUCCAAUUAUGUAAUCGAAACCUGCAUGAAACCAUCACUGCAUUUGUGCUGAAUCAGUCACACACGCUGAGUUGAGCGCAUCAGGUUUACACCAAAUUUUGUUCUUUUGUUACUUUUAAAGCUCUUAUGAUCGAUAAACAGCACCAAAUUGCAUACGAUUUCUGUCUCUUUUAUUACAACUGAUGGAACCGCUUCACCUUAACGACUCUGUAAAAUUCUUGCACAUUUUCUUUAUUCUAAAAGCUUUUCGAAUACCCUCCCCUAGUCGCAUACGCACCGAAAAGUUUUCAUCACAGGGUACGAAGAAGAGGUUACAGUUUUCUUUUAGCGUGUGUAACGGUAGUCUUAUUUAAGAUGUUGAAGAACAGCUGCAGAAGGCGUUGAAUAUUGGAUCUUAAAGGCUGGAGAUGUCCACUACUGGCAUUAUUAUUAAGGCUUUACAGAGCUGACAAAAGACUAUUCCUAGAACUCGUUUAGUCGGUUUCUGGACUUCACUCAGUUGGAAUUGCCUGGGGGAUUCAGUAAACUGGUAUUGUUCGGUACGUGGCCUUGUGUUCGUGACGUGCUGCGGUAGUCAUUUGUCAUAGCCUUAUGUUUUUUUUUUCAUUCCUAAUGUGAGAUGGUGGCCGCCCUAGGGCUCUAAGGUCUCUAGAUAACGAGGCGUGGUUUUUUUACUAGGUAACCAUGAAUUCCUUCGCACUGACGAUACGUUCAGCUGCCUCGUUUUCUAUUAAAAUACGGGACAAGAUUGCUUAGAAGAGUCAUAAUAGCUCCUCAUUGUCACACUAGGACGCCGUGACAGAGUUUACGAUUGCACUUUUACAGCCCCUUGGAAUAGCCCAUAGCUAUUUCGAGAAAUAUCAUAGCAGUAUAUCGUAGCAACAAGUGCAUUGUUCGACCAACCAAGUGGAAAACAGGGUCAACGAGGGGAGGUCGCUGGUGUUCUCGGGGAAGAAGAUGGCACAGGGUUACGACAUAUCGCGCAAUAGAAUGUAAGGCCUGUCUAAAGAUUAUGGUUCUAGGAGCUAAUCAUUAUCCUUUAUUCCUUAGGCUAGCGAUAAUAAUAGUGUUUCUGCAUGAGUACUGCGAUAAUCAACUACGUACUUCUGUGUUUCUAUAGGUCACCAAAACUAUGUUAGAUUCUCGGUAUAGUUGACAACUUUGCCAAUGAGACUGCUGCAUGACGCUGUUUUCCAGCUUAUAAUCUGCUUCAAUGCAUUAAAAUCACUACAAAGAAAGCAGGAGCUUUAGUGGUACACCGGUAAUUUUCUUGACUCAUCGCGGUUGGUUUGAAUGUUUGUUGCACACAAUAAUGACUGUGCAAAAGAAUUUCAUUCGUAAUGAAGUUUUCCGCUAUAUAUAUAUAUAUAUAUAUAUAUAUAUAUAUAUAUAUAUAUAUAUAAACGGUAGCUUAAAAUGUAGGCUAUCAAAAACAUUGUGUGCUGAAAUCCGGAUUGACAAUGAUAUGACCCACUUAGCCGGGAUGCUAUUGCGGUUUACUGUGGCAGUUUUCACGUACCAGACCCAAGAUCUAUUACUGACGAAUACCUCAGUGGAACAUGCCAUAUAACGAAGUGCUCUGGCUAAGAAACAUUCACUUGUACUGAUGAUUUUCGUAUUUCUUGUCAAAGUCCACCUGCACGAAAGAACGAAAAACGGAGCCGCAAUUAUUUACUAUAAGGCAAUUCUUUUAUACUAAUAGUUUGAUGUCAUCGCCUGCUGACUAUUUUCUGCAAUACAUUAGUGCGAGGAAUUACUAUGACCAUUAUAACCGCCUGUGCAUAGAGUGGUAUCUAAAAUUAGCAGAGCUUUGAAGUGACAAGAUGGUAGAAUAGUGUGUGUGCUGCAUAAUUAACGCAUCUUUGAACCUAUAACCUCCGCGAUAAGGUUGUCGCUUAAGAAAAUAACCGAGUCACUCCAGCAAUGCUACGGAGAAGACACCCUGUGCGUGUUUUACUGCAGUGUAAUCCGUUUGGUUUAUUUGUGCUGUAGUGUUUCCAGUUGCUUCCUGUGGCUAUUGUUAAUCCAGUGUUACGCAGUGAAGUAACAAAACCCUCUGACGAACAUUUACACGCCAGAAGCAUUCCAUGAAGAAAGAGCUUGUUUUGUUCUUUGAAUGUGCUCAGUUACUGCGCCGUAGAAGCAGGUGGUUUAGCGAAUGCCCAGGCUGGGGAAACUGCACAGCAGAGUCGUGACUUGAACCGAGAUGUCGCCGUGCAGGACUCUCCUUAUUGUAGUUAGAGACAGCAAUCUUGUUGUGUACAGAAAGAUGAGUGCCCGGUGCAAGUCGCAGGUGCUGCCUAGCGCCAGGCUCGUGUCGAAGUGCUUCGCACACGUGGAAGGUGCCUCUGGUUUAUUCACAAGGGCACAAAUAUGGAUAGCUCACACGGCGAAGAAGCCGCUGCCUUGCAAAGUCUCUUUCGGCCGCUAGGCGGCACAACAAAGUGCACUAUCUCUCGCUGAUGCUUUUCUGUGUGUGUGUCUUGUGUGCUGCCAUUUCGCUUUAGCUUCGUGUCAUCGUUCUUCGUAGAAUUAGCACAGACGUGCUUGUAGGUACGCAUGUUAUAUUUUGUAAAAAAAAGAAAACGAAUUCUCAGUCUAGGGUAGACUCGUGAGUACAAUGAUCUGUACAUAUUUAGGUUGGCAUCGGCAAGAUGCGAAGUGCAUUCGUCGCGGCAGAAUUUCCUCGAGCGGCCGCCUAUUUUGCCGCGUCACUUCUGGAAUGAAGAGCUUUGCGCCUUGAACACUGUUGCUUACCAAUACAUAAACAUAUAUCUAUAAAUAUUUACAGCUAUUGUUAAGAGUAGAGCGCAGAGAGUUCUGGAGAAUCUUUUUUGUGAACUGUUGUGCUCUCAGAUGAACCGGAAUAAAAGUACGCAAUUCCGUGCACCA